ACAAGUUGGAUGCUGGAUUGCGAGUUUAUAUCUAUAUUUACUUACGAUACUUGAUAACUAAACACACACACACACACACAUAUAUAUAUGUAUCACGAAUGUCAGCUUUCAACAAGUUCUUGACCUCGCUAGACCUAGAUCCUGUAGCUUGCGGCUCCGUCGUUAUGCCAUCAACAGCCAAGGCAACGACAACAACGGUCAAGCGCCGUUCUUGCGAUGAGUGCAGUAAGAUUCUUCUUCCUAUAUAGACACACCAAUAUAUAAUCCACCAGGGGUAUAUAUGUCUGAUAUAGUGUUCACGUUGCUAACAGUCUUCAGGAACACGGAAAUUGGCUUGUACCAAGAACCCAAAUGGAUGCGAUCGCUGUACACGAGAGCGUGGGUCUAUGACUUAUUUUCACUCUCUAAUCUCUACUCUCGAGACAAUUUUGCUUCCUCCUGAAAGUAUCUUGAAACUAAGCAACUACAGGCUUAGCCUGCCACUAUUCUGAGCAAAAGCCAAUGGGCCGACCUCGAAAAAGGCAAUUUGUUGAGACUCUUCAGGACGAACAACCUGUUGCUUCUGACCUCACAGUGGAAUCACUCAAUAUGGGUCCACUACCAUUUGAUAUCACUGACUUUGGUUUUGACUACGACUACAAUGAUGGGGGCGUCGCCCAGCCAUAUUAUAUAAAUGAGGCACCCUUCGCUUCAGUUCCACCUACGAAUACAUUUGACACAAAUCACACUCUAGACAUGGAAAACAACGAUGUUUUGAUAGACGCCGCAAUCAACGUUGAAGGUAUCAAUAACGACUCGUCAAAUCCCUCGGAUUCUUUCCUAAACGCGAUUUCAAUGACGACGGCAUCCAACAAUUCUUCAGAUAGUGGCACCUCAUUGCCUUGUAGUUGCCUAGCAAGCAUGUACCUCAGUUUGGCCUCUCUUCAGCAAUUUCCAUCAGACAUUGCUCCCGCCUUGAGUGUAGUUCGUAAGGCAGCCAGGACAGCCUCACACACGAUUUGGUGCCCCAACUGUGGAUCAACCAUUAUAGAACAAACAAUGUUUACAAUGGAUGGAUUUCAGAAUACCAUGUUGCUGGGUACUUUACUGCCGAUCAUAGCUCAUGGCUAUCAUCGACUUUUAAAAAUGAUCGAUGACGAAACCGACGUAGCUGUAGCUACAGGUCAAACGAAAACAUUUCAAUUUGGCGAGUACGGUGGCAUAUGUAAUAAACAGGAGACUAUCGAUGAAGCUUUGGUAUGCGCCGAAAAGGAGAUUCUAUUCAAAGCUGUUGAAAUGCCGCCCUUGGAAUGGCGUCGUACUCUGAGGGCUUUACUACGAGUCGAUAUUCACGGACACGAACAAGAGAAUUGUAACCACAAGGGAUUAAAAGACCUUGUUGGAGAGGUUGAGCAAAGACAGAAAGCGCGACAUGAAGCGGUCCACCAAUUGAACGGAAAUGAAACAAACAUGGGAAUGUUCAAGGGCUUGAAGGCUAUCGGAGAUCGGACGUUUACAUGUUUGCAAAUCCUGGAGAUAGCAAAAACCUCAAUUGACAGCUUGGUAAUCGCGUAG